AUGGGCUGGGUCACUGGAGAGGAAAGUGUGGUCCACACUAAGUUUGGCUCCAUUGUGGUUGGUUUAUACAACCCCCUGAUGCAUUCCAUUCUGGACGCCACACUCAUCUUCAGCUUUGGACCUAAAGAUCCCAAGACACAGUUUGGGCAUCAAGGCAGCAUGUUGAGGUGUUUGCUACAGAGGGCGACCAAUCUGAGAAAUGUAGAAAAAGGGGAGAGGCAUAGUGACCCGCUUGCUAGCAUCACUUUCAGAGGACAUGCUAUUCUCAGGAAAUGGUUGUUGCUGGCAGACCCUGAUGAUCUUUCUGCCGGGGCCAGAGGUUAUUUAAAGGUCAGCAUGUUUGUGCUGGCUGCAGGGGAUGAACCUCCGAUGGAUAAGAAAGAGGGUCUAGAAGAAAAGGAGGAUAUAGAGGGGAACCUGUUGAGACCAGCUGGUCUCACCUUGACAGGAGCCACGUUUACUCUCAGAGUGUACAGGGCAGAAGACCUGCCUCAGAUGGAUGACGCUCUUAUGGAUGGUGUCAAACAGUUCCUUGGUUUCGAAACUAAUCGAAAGAACCUGGUGGAUCCAUUCGUGGAGGUCAACUUUGCAGGAAAAACGAUCAGUAGUAAGAUUCUGGAGAAAAACGCCAACCCUCAGUGGAACCAGAGCCUCACUCUGCCUAUUAGGUUCCCAUCCAUGUGUGAAAAGAUGAGGAUACGCAUUUUAGAUUGGGAUCGAGCCAGCCACAAUGAUGUCAUUGGCACGACACACUUAUGUAUUUCCAAAAUCUCAGCCCCUGGAGGAGAAAUUGAAGAUGAGUUUCCUCCCAGGACCUUCCACGUCACCAUGGACGACAAUAUAGGCUUUCUUCCGACAUUUGGCCCCUGCUACGUCAACAUGUAUGGGAGCCCCCGAGAAUUCACGGCCUUCUCAGACCCACAUGAGGUACUAAACUUUGGAAAGGGAGAGGGUGUGGCCUAUCGUGGACGUUUGCUGCUGGAGGUCAUUACAAAGUUGUCUGAUCAGGUGGAGCAAAAGACUGAGGACAUACACCCUGAUGACCUGCUGGUGGUAGAGAAAUUCAUGCGGAAGAGGAAGUUCUCCCUGUUUGCUGCAUUCUACUCAGCCACUCUUCUUCAGGAUGUGGAUGAUGCAGUUCAGUUUGAAGUCAGUAUUGGCAACUAUGGCAACAAGUUUGACAACACCUGUCUGCCUUUGGCCUCCACCACUCAGUUCAGCAGGGCCGUGUUUGAUGGCUGCCAUUACUAUUACCUGCCAUGGGGAAAUGUGGAACCUGUGGUGGUCUUGUCUUCAGAGUGGGAGGAUGUCGGCCCUCGCAUAGAGGCCCUAAACAUGCUGCUCAGCAUAGUCGACCGAUUGGAAUCAAACCUGGAGCAGGUACAGCUGACGCUCAAAGCAAGCAGUGACGAGCAGGAAGUGGAGCAGAAGGUCAUCCAGCUGCUUGAUGAUGUCAUUGCCGACUGCAGUGAGGAGCUCCCCGAGUUGGAUAAAUGGCCCUGUGUGACUGCGCUGGAUAAAGCCCUGAGGAAUCUGCGUAAGAUUAACAUGCAGCAGAUAGUGCAGACGGCACUGGCGCUCAAACACGGACCAGAGACCGAGCUGAAUGCAGUGCUGGAGCAGGCGGAGGACUGGACCCAGAGACUACGCCACCUGUCUGAGGAGCCCCAGAACAGUCUGCCAGAUAUAAUAAUCUGGAUGCUUCAGGGAGACAGACGAGUGGCCUACCACAGAAUCCCUGCCCAUCAAAUUCUCUUUUCCCACGGUUACUGUGGAAAGCACUGUGGUCAACUUCAGACGGUUUUCAUGAAGUAUCCUCAAGAAGACGGGGGAUAUAGUAAGAUCCCAGCUCAGCUCAGGGUCAAGGUGUGGUUCGGACUGACUGCUGAUGUCAAAUCCUUUAACCAGUUUGCCGAGGGCAAACUCUCUGUGUUUGCAGAAACGUAUGAAAACCAGACUAAAUUGGCUCUGGUGGGGAACUGGGGUACGACGGGUUUGACAUACCCCAAGUUCAGUGACGUGACUGGCAGAAUCAAACUCCCAAAGGAGAGCUUCAAACCCACUCCAGGAUGGAGCUGGGCGGGAGACUGGUACGUCAGCCCAGAGAAAACAUUGCUGUAUGACACUGAUGCUGGUCAUAUAAGCUUUUUGGAAGAGGUGUUUGAAAAUCAGAUGCGUUUGCCAGGAGGACAGUGGAUUGGCAUGCCAGAGGGGUUCACAGAUGUGAAUGGAGAAAAAGCCGUGCCUAAAGAUGAGAUUGAGUGUCCCCCCGGCUGGGUGUGGGAGGAUAUUGAGUGGAGCGAGGACCUGAAGCGUGCAGUGGAUGAUCAAGGGUGGGAAUAUGGAAUAACCCUCCCCCCAGACCGCCGGCCAAAGUCCUGGGUUCCAUCCGAGAAGAUGUACCACACCAACCGCCGGAGACGUUGGAUCCGACUUCGGCGUAGAGAUAUGCAGAAAAUGGAGGCACUCAGAAAAAGCAGUGUUACUGAUGAAAAGAAUGACGAUAAGUCAGUUACAACAACCUUUGGUGUCAACCGCCCGACAAUCUCCUGCUUCUUCGAUAAUGGGACCCUGUAUCAUUUGCGAUGUUAUUUGUAUCAGGCCAGAGACCUGCUGGCAAUGGAUAAGGACAGUUUCUCAGAUCCCUAUGCCAUCGUGUCCUUCCUGCAUCAGAGCCAGAAGACGGUGACUGUUCGGAACACGCUCAAUCCCACCUGGGACCAGACUCUCAUCUUUUAUGAAGUUGAAAUAUUUGGAGACCAUCUUGUGACUGAGAGGAACCCUCCGCACAUUGUGGUGGAACUAUACGAUCAGGACACCUAUGGCGCUGAUGAGUUUAUGGGCCGCUGUGUUUGCCAACCAUCAAUGGUGUCUUCCCCUCGCCUUGCCUGGUAUCCCAUCCAGAAAGCUGGGAAACCUGCUGGACAACUGCUUGCUGCUUUCGAACUGAUCCGCAGAGAUAAACCUGCAGUUCAUCACAUCCCCGGUCAAGAGGGUGAUAUUAUUCCACCCUCACAUAUCAUGGAUGAGCUUGUGCUUCCAGGGUUCCUCUCUGACAAUCAACAGCAAUGGCCAGAGGACUCUGAUUUGCCAUAUCCACCUCCACAAAGGGAACCUAAUGUCUACAUGGUGCCGCAGGGGAUAAAACCUGUCCUACAACGCACAGCUAUUGAGAUACUGGCGUGGGGUUUGCGUAACCUGAAGAGUUUCCAGCUGGCCAGUGUGACAUCUCCCAGUCUUCAGGUGGAAUGUGGAGGAAGUGUGGUUCAGUCAUGCGUCAUUCGAAAUACUAAGAAGAACCCCAACUUUGAAGUCAACACCCUGUUCAUUGAUGUCCGACUGCCCAAGGAAGAGCUCUACAUGCCUCCAUUGGUGAUCAAGGUUAUAGACAACCGUCAGUUUGGCAGGAAGCCUAUAGUGGGCCAGUGCACAGUCCACUCGCUGAAUGAGUUCCGCUGGCAGCCAGAGAGCCUCGACAGAGACCCUACUGAAGAAGAAUUUGAGGCAAUUGCUCACACCCCUAGAGAUGACGUUCUGGUUGAUAUUGAUGAUAAGGAGCCUCUCAUUCCUGGACAGGCAGACGGCACCAGCUCUGCCGUUAUUAACAUCUCGUCUUCUCAGUCCAGCCUCCAUGAUGACUUUAUGGACUGGUGGAGCAAGUUGUAUGCCUCCACGGGUGAGAGAAACAAGUGUGGCAGUUAUCUGUUGCUACCGUAUUUUUUACGGAAAGUGUAUGACAGAGAACUGGAGAAGGCUGAAGGCUUUGAGCAGUUGGCUGAUUUCUGUCAAACGUUUAAACUUCUCCGUGGAAGAGUCCAGAACGAGAGUGAAGACCCUUCUGUUGUUGGAGAGUUCAAGGGCUCAUUUAAGAUCUAUCCGUUGCCUGACGAUCCCUCGAUGCCUGUACCCCCACGCCAGUUCUGCAAACUCCCCCCGAACGGUUUAGAGCAGUGCCUGGUACGCGUCUACAUCAUCCAGGCCUAUGGCUUACAGCCCAAAGAUGCCAAUGGCAAGUGUGACCCCUAUGUUAAGAUCACACUUGGCAAGAAAUCAGUCGAUGACCACGACAAUUACAUACCCUGUACUUUGGACCCUGUCUUUGGAAAGAUGUUUGAGCUGACAUGCUCUCUGCCCAUUGAGAAAGACCUAAAGAUCAUGCUGUAUGAUUAUGACAUGGUCACCAAGGAUGAGAAAAUCGGAGAGACCAUCAUUGAUUUGGAGAAUCGCUUCUUGUCACGUCAUGGUGCUCGCUGCGGCCUGCCACAGUCCUACUGUUUGUCUGGAGUUAACCAGUGGCGAGAUCAGCUGAAACCAUCCCAGUUACUUCAUCGUCUGUGCGAGAGGCGAAACUACAAACUGCCCGUCUACAAGCAGGACAGAAUCUACUUCAGAGGACAGGAGUACACAGUUGCAGACCUUGAUGAAGGGAAACCUCUUAACCCUCACCUGGGACUAGUGAUGGAGCGUCUAGCUCUCUUGGUGUUGAGGAGACAGGGUCUGGUGCCCGAACAUGUAGAGACGCGACCCCUCUACAGCCCCCUUCAGCCAGAUAUAGAACAGGGGCGGUUGCAAAUGUGGGUGGACAUUUUCCCCAAAUCUUUAGGUCCACCAGGACCUCCGUUCAACAUCACGCCACGCAAAGCCAAAAAGUUCUUCCUGCGCUGUAUUAUAUGGAACACAAGAGAUGUUAUCUUGGAUGAUGUCAGUGUUACUGGGGAGAAGAUGAGUGACAUUUAUGUGAAAGGCUGGAUGCAUGGCCAUGAAGAAAACAAGCAGAAAACAGACGUGCACUAUCGAUCGCUGGGCGGCGAAGGCAACUUUAAUUGGCGCUUCCUCUUCCCCUUUCACUAUUUACCUGCAGAACAGCUAUGCACCGUUGAUAAGAAGUGUUUGUUUUGAUGGAGCUGUAUGCGGUUGUCAGGCAGGAUGUGCGGAC